GACGUGUCCCGAAAGCAUCACACCUGGAAGGAGCAGAGUCCUUGGCUGUCUUCCUUGGUGAACGCUGUGGGGACUGGUGUGCCUGUGAAGGGCUUCCCUGUGAGUGCAGAUGAGCGGGCAGCGCGCUGGAACCCGCCCCGGUGCGGCGUUCCGGACCUCCCGGUGCUGCCGGACGGACAGAAUGGGCGGAACCGGCAGAAGCGAUUUGUCCUCUCCGGUGGGCGCUGGGACAAGACCGAUCUCACCUACAAAAUCAUCAGGUUCCCGUGGCAACUUGUAAAGACUAAAGUGAGAAGGACCAUUGAGGAAGCUUUGCAAGUCUGGAGUGAUGUGACACCGCUGACCUUCACUGAGGUGCAGGAGGGACGGGCUGACAUUGUCAUUGAUUUCACAAGGUACUGGCAUGGAGACAACCUGCCUUUUGACGGGCCUGGAGGGAUCCUGGCACACGCAUUCUUCCCCAAGACACACCGUGAGGGAGAUGUCCAUUUUGACUAUGACGAGACCUGGACGAUUGGGAACAACCUGGGCACUGACCUCCUGCAAGUGGCUGCUCAUGAGUUUGGCCACGUCCUGGGCCUGCAGCACACGGCUGUCUCCAAGUCACUCAUGUCUCCUUUCUACAUCUUCCGCUACCCGCUGAGCCUAAGCGAGGAUGACAAGCAAGGUAUCCAGUACCUUUAUGGGAAACCCAGACUGGAUCCUGCCCCAACCCCAACUCAACCAGCAGAGCUGCCCCAGGCAGGCCUUGAAACCAAUGAGAUCACCAACGUGGAGCCCAACGCCUGUGACACAGCUUUCGACGCCGCAUCCACCAUCCGAGGGGAGCUGUUCUUCUUCAAGUCCCGCUAUGUGUGGCGGCUUCGAGCGGGAAAGCUGCAGUCCCCCCGCCACUGGCAGGGGAUCCCCAGCUCUGUCGAUGCCACCUUCGAGGACCCUCUGGGCAAUAUCUGGUUUUUCCAAGAUUCUCAGUACUGGAUUUAUGAUGGUGAGAGACGGGUAUCUGGUCCCACUCCAAUUGUGGAGCUGGGCCUCCCUGCAUCCCCUGUGCAGGCAGCUCUGGUGUGGGGGGCUGAGAAGAACAAGAUCUACAUCUUCGGUGGAGGCAACUACUGGCGCUUCCACCCUCACACACGCCAGGUGGACAACAUCUACCCUCGGACCAUGGCUGACUGGCGCGGUGUCCCUCAGGAGAUCGACGCAGCUUUUCAGGACGAGUUUGGUUUUGCCUAUUUCCUGAGAGGCCGAGAUUACUGGAAGUUCGAUCCAGUGCAGGUGAAGGUGCUGGAGGGCUACCCACGCCAGAUCAGCCAGGACUUCUUCAGCUGUGUGCCUUCCUCCAACUCCUUCAGAUGA